AUGUCGGGGCCGGUGCCGAGUCGGGCCAGGGUCUAUGCAGAUGUGAACACUCAGAGACCCCGCGAGUACUGGGACUACGAGUCGCACGUCGUGGAAUGGGGGAACCAAGAUGACUACCAGCUCGUGCGGAAACUGGGCCGGGGCAAAUACAGCGAAGUUUUUGAAGCCAUCAAUAUCACCAACAACGAGAAGGUCGUGGUGAAAAUCCUCAAGCCUGUGAAAAAGAAAAAAAUCAAGCGGGAGAUUAAGAUCCUGGAGAAUCUCCGAGGAGGCCCCAAUAUCAUCAGCCUGCUCGACAUCGUCAAAGACCCCGUG